AGUGACGCAAGCGCACAGUUGGUAACAAUACUAGGUUAGGGCCACACGUGUUGUUCGAUUUGUGAAAUCGAUAGUCAAAUCGAUAUGGAACCAGUGAAUGUGUGUGAAUUGAAACCGGAAGAGUUUAAAAAGUUUUUAAAUUCGUUCGAUCAUGUGUUCUCGGAUUGCGACGGAGUAAUAUGGAAUGCAGCUCCACUGCCGGGAUCGGGAAAAUUCUUCGAGUUGAUGAAGAAACUAGGGAAGACAGUCCACUACGUGUCAAAUAACAGUUUGAGAACAAAGGAAAACUAUGAGGCAAAGUUUCAAGCAGCUGGCAUUGAUGAUGGGUUUGAAAAACUCACGAUUCCAUCAACAGCAAUUGCCGAGUAUCUCAAGUCACAGAAUAUAAAAAAUAAAAUAUAUUGCGUUUCAUGCGUGGAAACCAUACGGGUACUGCAGUCGCACGGAUUUCAAUGUGAGAGUGGUCCAGAAGAAAUCCCAGACUUUUACGCAGAUUUCGUCCAGUUCCUCGAAGAUGAUGAGAAUAUAGGUGCCGUGGUGUUUGACAGCGACUUCAAAAUCAACCUUCCCAAGCUUUACAAAGCCUCUACCUACCUCAAAAGGCCGGAAGUACACUUUAUCAACGGUGCAUCUGAUCGACUGGUUCCCUUGACGAAGGGCGUUAGUUUAGGCGUGGGAGUAUUCUCAGACAUAGUAUCAGACUUUGUGAAACGGGAACCCAUUGCUUUGGGGAAGCCUGGCAAAAUGUUUGGGGAAUUCGCAAUGAAACGAGCGGGCAUCACAGAUCCCAGUCGAGUUUUGUUUAUAGGAGAUAUGAUCGAGCAAGACAUAGGCCUGGGCAAAGCAGUUGGUUUCAAGACAUUAUUAGUACAUACAACCCAUACAACAGAAGACAUGCUGGCACAUCCAAAUAUCAAACCCGAUUACUAUGCACCAGAUCUUGGAAGCAUUGUACCUGUUUUAACACAAUUAGUAUCAUAAAUAUAUUUUCUACUAUCGUGUGGGUUAUAAGGUGGAUGACCAACCUCAUCUACCCUGGUGUCAGGAGUAUUAUUGAGCCACAUAUGCUCAUGUAACGAACGUACUUGCAUCAGUAAGUAGUAACCGGGACCAACAGCAUAACAUGCCUUCUGAAGCACGGAUCAUCUUAUUUUCGGACAUUCGGGUAAUCAGGCUGUGAUGUCCUAACCAAAGUAGGGAUCACAAAGAGAUUUUUGUGACCCCACCAAGAUUCAAACCCGGGACCUCCGGAUCGUGAGAUCAAUGCUCAACCACUGUUCUACAGAGACCGUCGUAUUAUUAUAUAAGUAUUGCUUUACCUAUCAAAGUACAGAUGGCGCUGUACAGAUUUGUAUUCGUUUAACCUUCUAAUUUCAUGGAUAACAGAUAUAUGCAUCUUUUAUCUUUGUUUUUGGGUAUAAAUGAUGACCCUUGUUAUAACACCCACCACAACACAUCUUCCACCCAUUAUUAAUCUGAUCAAAAUAAAGAGAAGUAAUACAGGUUUCAACACAAUUCUAUACAUAAUGUGAUCCAAAUAUCAAGCUAAAAAUAUUAUCAUAUGUGCCUCUGCCGUUAGAUUUUAAUUUUGAAUAAUUAUGUACCCCGAGCAGUGAGAAAAUACGUAAUUAUCACAACAUUACAACAUUACAAAUUACAUUAAUGUUGAACAGCGCCAUCUGUAUAUUUUUGGGGAACUUAGCCUGGAAAGUCCCUCAUUCUGUGGCUCGGAUUAUUAUUUCCUAUGAUUGUAUACAAAAGAAAAUUUAUAGCAAGAAGUAGGUAAUAUAUUUGUACUUACAAUAAAUAUACUAAGACUAUUCAUUAUUUAAUUCUUUAUUGUGUUUGAAAUGUUGCACAUAAUACCGUUCAUACGCCAUAUUCGUUAAAAGGUAUAAAAUUAUGUACCGGACUAUAUAUUUUUAAAUUAUUGUUCACAUACGGUCACGAGUACUAAUAUUUAUACACUUUGAAACCAUGUAACAUUAACUUUUUUGACAAAUUUAUUAAACCGUAAGUCUCAUUAAAUGUCAAAUAUGAUAGUGCGACAAGGUUCUAAAGUUGUUACAUGAUAUUGCUCAUGACUGUACUUAUUAUAUUUUCAUUUGUAGCGUUAGUGCUAGCCUCUAUGGUCCCUGGGAGCAAAUAAAAAACAUAGAACACGUUCAGCUGCUUGUCUUCCCGGGUAAAAACCGCCAGAGGGAUUUGUCCUCGGUGACAUGAUGGACUAAUGUUAUGGGCGAUAGGCUGAUUCCUUAUCA